CGGCAGGGGAGGCCGCGGACGGGGCCGUGGUGGCCGCAACGGCGGCGGUGGCAGGGGGCGGAGAGGAGGUGUGCGCUCGCGGCGGGAGACGGAGGGCCCCAGCCAGUCGGGUCCCAACCGGCGGCCUCCGGGUCCGCCCAGCAACACGCUGUUCCGUCAGCUGGUGGACUUGUUCGCGUACUACAUGGGCUUCCCCAUUGAUGACCACACGGGGGAGCCGCUGACGGAUGACGAUGUGAAUGCGGCACACUAUGAGAAGGUGUGUCAGUUCCAGCGGCUGUGCUUCAAGCACUGGCAGCAGGUGGAGGCGCUGCAUGAGCUGUCGCUGAGCAACUGCGGGGCGGUGGAGCAGCGGGACAAUCUGAGGCGCCAGCUCUCCACGCUCUCCCCCGAGCAGCUGCGCCACCUGCUUUGUCGGCAGCUGCGGCUGGUGGGCGAGGACGACCCGUGGGCCGCGGACACCGCCUUCCUCAUGGAGGUGCUGGUGAGCACGUACGAGCGGCGGCGCAGUCAGCGCGAAGUGGUGAACGAGAUGCCGCUGUACCCCACGGAGAGCCUGCUGUGGGACGAGAGCCAGAUCCCCGCCUCCUCGGAGCACUACACGGGCGAGGGCGCGCUGGCGCUGCCCAAGCUCAACCUGCAGUUCCUCACCACCCACGACUACCUGCUGCGCAACUUCCACCUGUUCAGGCUGGAGGCGACGUACGAGGUGCGUGAGGACAUCGCGGACGUGUUGGGCCGCAUGGGCGCCUACUGGGACGAUGACAACCGGGUGCGGUUCGCGGGCUGGGCGCGCAUGGCGCUGCCCACCAACUCGUUCAAGGUCACGGAGGUGCGCAAGCCCAACGUGGGGGAGGCCAAGCCCGCCGCCGUGACCGCUGACGUGGUGGUGGACACGCGGCCGCUCCGAGGCGACGUGCGUGCUGAGUGGGACGAGCUCAAGCAGCACGACGUGCUCUUCCUGAUGACCAUCCGCCCGCCUGACGCGGCUGCUGCUGCCGCGGCGCAUGCGGACGGCCGGGAGCCCUCCGUUGCUGAGAAGCACGGGCUGGUGUACGUGCGCGGCUGCGAGGUCAUCGAGGUCCGCGACGAGGGCGGCAGGCUGAUGAACGACUUCACGGGCCGGGUGCGGCGCGACGAGGUGAAGCCGCCCGAGGGCUACGCGCGCACGCUGACGGUGGCGCUGGACACCGCGCAGUACCAGCUGGACAUGAACACCAUGGCGCGCCACAAGAGCGAGGACCCGUACGCCACUUUCAACCUGGUCAUGCGCCGCAAGCCCAAGGAGAACAACUUCAAGGCGGUGCUGGAGUCCAUCCGUGACCUCAUGAACGACGACACCGCAGCCAUCCCGCCCUGGCUGCACGACGUGUUCCUGGGGUACGGUGACCCGGCGGCAGCGCAGGCGCGCGUGCCCGGCACCGCCGCCGCGGCCGCGGCCGCUGCUGCAGAGGGCGGCGAGGGAGGUGGUGUGGGCGGCCAGCCGCCGUUGCGUACUGUGGACUUCAAGGACACGUUCCUGGAUGCGGAUCACGUGGUGGAGGCCUUCCCGCAGUUUAAGGUGUCCUUCGUCAACCGCUCCGGUGGCCCCAAGCCGGUGCCGCCCUUCCGCGUCACCUUCCCAACCGAGCCACCUGCCGCAACAGGGCCCGAAGACGCGCCCGCCACAUCGUCCGGUGCUGCUGCUGCCGCCGCUGACACCGCUCCCUCCUCCUCCUCCGCACCAGCAGCAACACCUGCACCAGCGUCCCCUGCCCCCGGCGAGCUGCUGGUUGAGAGCUACGUGCCGCCCAACCCGGGGCCCUACCCGCAGGACCAGCCGCGACGCAACGCAGUGCGCUUCACACCCGUGCAGGUGGAGGCCAUUGCCUCUGGCGUGCAGCCCGGCCUGACCAUGGUUGUGGGUCCGCCCGGCACCGGCAAGACGGACACGGCGGUGCAGAUCAUGACGGUGCUCUACCACAACUGCCCGGGGCAGCGCACGCUGCUCAUCACACACUCCAACCAGGCCCUAAACGACCUGUUCAGCAAGAUUAUGGAGCGGGACGUGCCCGAGCGCUACCUGCUGCGCCUAGGCAUGGGUGAGGCGGAGUUGGACACGGAGCAGGACUUCAGCCGCGUGGGCCGCGUGAACGCCAUGCUGGCUCGACGGCUGGAGCUGCUGGCGGAGGUGGAGAAGAUGGCGCGGCAGCUGGGAGUGCCCGAGGCCGAGUCCGUGUCGUACACAUGCGAGACGGCCGGCUACUUCUGGUUGAUCCACGUGCUGGCGCGGUGGGAGAAGUUCUGUGCGGCGGUGGAGCGGGCCCGCGGCGGCGGGGCGGGGGCGGGUGUGGUUUCGGAGCUCUUCCCCUUCAAGGAGUACUUUGCGGAUGCGCCGCAGCCGCUGUUCGCCGGCCAGGAUUUCGAGCAGGACAUGGAGUGUGCCCGCGGCUGCUUCCGCCACCUGCGCACGCUGUUCCAGGAGCUGGAGGAGUGCCGCGCCUUCGAGAUGCUCAAGGGGCAGGCGGACAGGGUCAACUACCUCAGCACGAAGCAGGCCAAGAUUGUGGCCAUGACCUGCACGCACGCGGCCCUCAAGCGGCGGGAGUUCCUGCAGCUGGCCUUCAAGUACGACAACCUGCUGAUGGAGGAGGCGGCGCAGAUCCUGGAGAUCGAGACCUUCAUCCCCAUGCUGCUGCAGAAGCCCGAGGACGGCGUGUCGCGGCUGAAGCGGGUGGUGCUCAUCGGCGACCACCACCAGCUGCCGCCCGUCGUCAAGAACCAGGCCUUCCAAAAGUACUCGCACCUCGACCAGUCGCUCUUCACUCGCUUCAUCCGGCUGGGAACACCCUACGUGCAGCUCAACGCGCAGGGUCGCGCCCGCGCCUCCCUGGCCCGCCUCUACAACUGGCGCUACCGGGCGCUUGGGGACCUGCCGGCGGUGCAGCGCGAGCCCGCCUUCCGGACCGCCAACGCGGGCUUCGCACUGGACUUCCAGCUGGUGGAUGUGCCGGACUUCAUGGGAAGAGGCGAGUUCGAGCCGGUGCCGUACUUCUACCAGAACCUGGGCGAGGCGGAGUACGUGGCGGCGACCUUCAUGUUCAUGCGGCUCAUGGGCUACCCGGCGCACAAGAUCUCCAUCCUGACCACCUACAACGGCCAGAAGGCGCUCAUUCGGGACGUCAUCGAGCAGCGCUGCGCGCCCUACCCGCAGUUCGGUCGACCGCACCGGAUCGCCACUGUGGACAAGUACCAGGGCGCGCAGAACGACUACGUGCUGCUCAGCCUGGUGCGCACCCGCGCGGUGGGCCACCUGCGCGACGUGAGGCGCCUGGUGGUGGCCAUGAGUCGCGCGCGACUGGGGCUCUACAUCUUUGGACGCAAGGAGCUGUUUGCCAACUGCUACGAGCUGCAGCCCACCUUCCGGCAGCUGCUGGCGCGGCCCACGCAGCUGGCGCUCGUCAAGGGCGAGUCGUACGGCAUGUGCUCCCGCGGCCUGGAGGAUGCCGUACAGUACGACCUCAUCCCGGGUGUGGAGGCCAUGUCGGCGCUGGUGGCGGCCAUUGCGGAUGAGCAGAUGGGCUGGGCGGCGGCGGCAGCGGCGCCGCACUACCUACCAGAGCCGCAGCAGCAGCAGCAAGAGGGGGAAGGGGAGCAGCAGCCGCAGCAGGAGGCGGG